AAUUUCCUGUAGAUUUUUCAUAAAGCCAGUUUUUGGUCAGUUAAGUAAAUAUGACAAAAGAUGUGAUCUACAGAUGUCUGAAAGCCCCUUUAAAUAUAUUAGACAAGUGUUGAAGUGACAAAAACAGAAAUGAAAAGCGAAUGAGGAACUAAUGAGACUAUUUAAGAAUAUUUCCCUUUGUGUGUCACAAGAGAAAUCAUCAGCACCUGCUUCAACAUGCCAGCAUCUUCACGGUUGCUGGACGGUCAUGAACUGACGUCUCCGUAUAAGAGUCUACAUGACAGCUAUGUGUCCAAUCGCAGGGACUCCAAGUGUCCCGUCUCGGCUCUGCUGGCCGCUGGAUGUCUGCUGGUUUUGGGGAUUUUAUUAGCCGUGGCUGUAAUAGAGACGUUAAAGAAUGAGGAUCGGAUCCACGAGGCUCUGAAUCCUCCUCAGACACCGCCGUGCUGUAAUCAAAGCGGCCCUAUCGAGCAGAGCAGACACCGCCGUGCUGUAAUCAAAGCGGCCCUAUCGAGCAGAGCAGGUGAGCACACUUCCUGUUUUCAUGCUUUCGCCUCCAAGUGUCCCGUCUCGGCUCUGCUGGCCGCUGGAUGUCUGCUGGUUUUGGGGAUUUUAUUAGCCGUGGCUGUAAUAGAGACGUUAAAGAAUGAGGAUCGGAUCCACGAGGCUCUGAAUCCUCCUCAGACACCGCCGUGCUCAUUUUUAUCGUCCACGAUCAAAAAUCGUCAUAUCGCACACCCCUCACUGCAAUACGAUGCAUGUGAAAGUAUUGCUGUUUUUGAAGCAUGGUUUCUUGUUUCUCAGGGCAGAGAGAUUUUAGAAGAGUUCAAGGCUUUACCGUCCAGAAACGUGUCUGUGCGCGUCGUCACCAGCAUCCCCACUUUAGCUCCCAAUUCAACCGACCUGAAAGCCCUCAAAGAACAAGGAGUGCAGAUACGCCGCGUGAACUUCGGCCGUUUGACUAAAGGAAUCCUUCACUCCAAGUUCUGGAUCGUGGACGGGAAACACGUCUACAUCGGCAGCGCUAACAUGGACUGGAGAGCUUUAACGCAGGUCAAAGAGCUCGGUGUGGUCAUCUAUAACUCCAGCGCUCUGGCUGCUGACCUGCAGAAGAUCUUCCAGUCCUACUGGGUCACGGGUCGCUCCAACGCCUCCAUCCCGGAUCCCUGGCCUUCCGACUACGACACCGACAUCAACGAGGAGCGUCCGCUGCUGCUCAAUCUGAGCGGAGUGGAGAGCAAAGCUUACAUCACGGCGUCUCCGCCGGUUUUCUGUCCGGACUCUCGCACACGAGAUCUGGACGCGAUCCUGUCGGCCAUCAGAGGAGCGCAGGACUUCAUUCAUGUGGCGGUCAUGGAGUUUUAUCCGGCUUCCAAGUUCUUCCAUCAUCACGGAUACUGGCCCGUGAUUGAAGACGCUCUGAAGCGCUCGGCUGUGGACAGAAACGUCUCCGUCUGUCUGCUGGUCAGCUGUGGACGGGAAACAGAUCCGGCCGUCUGGCCCUUCAUCAGAUCAUUAGACGCUCUUCAUUCUCCGUCAGACAACAUUAACAUCGCAGUGAGAGUGUUUGUGAUUCCAGCCGGAAACCAGUCACACAUCCCUUAUUCCAGAGUCAACCACAACAAAUACCUGGUGACGGAUAAAGUGGCGUAUGUCGGCACGUCUAACUGGUCAGCUGACUACUUCAACACCACAGCCGGCGUGGCUUUGGUGCUUUCCCAGGACGCUUCGGGAAGCUCGUUCCAUCAGCAGCUGAGAGCCGUGUUUGACAGAGACUGGAGCUCUCGAUACUCUCAUCCGCUCGCUGACCUCCACCGAAUCCACGACUGCGCUUUCUCCACGUCUGCACCCUCUCAGCAUGAAACCUGAAAUACUCAUAUAUCACGUGCAUGUUAAACAACUGUAACAAGUCUCUAAAUAAGAGAACUUCUGUAUGUUUAAAGAAAAAAUGAGUCUCUUGCACAGUACAGUUAAAUCAAUAAUACAUUGAAUAGAUAAUAGAAUAGAUGUAGCAUUUCAGUGCUUUAGCUUGAAUAUAUAUCAAAGUUAUUAGGACAGUUUUAU